AAUCUCAGCUACCAAUGAGAUACAAAGAUGCAAGUCAAUAAAUUACCUAUCGUGGAUUGCGGUGAUGACGUGGCGAAUCUGGAAGCGCCGACCGCUACAGUAGAAGACGCGUAAACUAUGGGCGCCGUAAAGAGAUCUCCAUUACCAGACAAUAAAAAUCAGAGUGACGUGUCAGGCGGUGGUUGGAACGUGAAAUCAAUCGAUCAAUACAAAAAGCACUCUCACCGUUCGGUUGGGAGUCUAGUCUGUGAACCAUCCUGUUGAAACCAAAAAAUAAAGUAAAAUAGAGAGACGAGCAAGCAGACUGAGGUAGAAGACGAGAUGACUCUUGGUCUGAUCAAUGCGAACCCGGUCGUCCACGCUAGGAAGGAAAGGAUCCCCCGCAGUGAAGAACCUCACAGCGACGACUUCGUUGAUCCUCUCGAAAUAUAUGAUUAUGUGAGAGAUAUAAGAGAUCCGGAGCAUCCGUACUCAUUAGAGCAGCUCAGUGUUCUAUCUGAAGAAUCUAUCAGCGUUGACGAGAGGCGUGGGCGUAUUUUGAUAACUUUCACUCCUACAAUUCAACAUUGUAGUAUGGCAACAGUGAUUGGCCUGUGCUUGAGAGAAAAACUAAAAGAGUGUUUCCCUCAACAUUUCAAGCUUGAUAUCAAAGUAGCUCCGGGGUCUCAUGCCGAUGAAGAAUCAGUUAAUAAGCAGUUGAAUGAUAAAGAGAGAGUUGCAGCUGCUUUAGAAAAUCCUAAUCUUCGCCAGCUUGUUGAUGAGUGCCUCUACUCCAACGAACUUUGUCGGUGAGUGUGUAGACCCCAAUGAACUUUGCUGAUGAGUGCCUCUACUUCAAUGAACUUUGACUAAGUGCACUCAGCUGCACAAAUACCAUUGUACAGAGUAACCAGCAGUUGUGGACAAUGAAAUAAGUUAUGAUUUUGUUGUAAUAUGAAUUUGAUUUGACGAGUGUAGUUUACCCUGGUA